UUUGUACUUGGUGAAGUUGCUCUUAUUUAGACUUUCCAUCCUUUUCUUUACUCUUUUCUUUUUUUUUUUUUCUUUCUUUUUUUUUAUUAUUGUUUUUGAGGAAAAGUCAAAUUCAUCAUUUAUUUUUAUAUGAUUUUUAAGUUAUCAGAACAAAUAAUUUUGAAAAAGAAGUUGUUUGUUGUAUAGUCAAAUCCAAUUUGUGCCACGCGGCUGUAAUGAAUACUAGUAGAAUAUGUGCAUGUGAUAACAGCCACAAAAAGAGGAAUCUGUUUUGUGGUUGCUUUUCUUUCCCCCUCCCCCCCCUUAUUUGUUUCUUUCCCCUCCCUCCCCCCCUUUAUUUUCCUUCUAUUUUCUUUCGUUCCGUUUGUUUGGUUGUUGUUCUUUUUGUUUGGUUUAUUUUACCUUAUUCCAAAGGCUGUAACAAGUCGUUGUUAGCUGCCACCCAUGACUUUGCCACAUAGCUGAACUGUGUUUACUGGGAAAAGUCAGAGGCCUAAAAGCUUAAAAUAAAUCCACUUCUGAUGUUUUAAUUAAAACGUUUGCCACAUUAACUUCUCCGAUGCCUUAAAAGUGAACUUCUUUGAAGAACUUUUGUGCUGUUUUAUCACAGGCUUACACCACAAUCGUUAACUGCUACUUCAUUUGAAUGAGUUCUGGUGUAAAAGAAAAGCACAAACCCGGUGUCCAACACUAUCACUCCUUUAUGUGUCUCUUUUCUGCUGCACUCUGCAUCCUCCCGAACCCUGCACUGUUUAAAACAAAGACAAGUUUCACUCGAGAUCAGGAUCACACGUGAUUUUUAAACGCCUGGGGUUUGUUUAGGUUGGUUUCUCGCUUUUUUUACGGAACUUUUUGUAAUAGACCCACUGACAACUGUACUUUUUAAACUGGAAUGACCUCCAUCGUGUUUUGUGGCUGUUAGUGCCAAAUCCAUAGUGAGAAACGCGUUCGGUUUUCUUUUCCUUUGCACUAAAUGGUUUGCAAACGCAGCACUGCAAAACGUUUUGCAAACUGCAGCAGAAUUUAAGGGUUGAACCAAAAAGGAGGGAUCUCUUUCUUUUUUAUCUUUUUUUCUUUCUUUCGUUUUUUUUUGUUUGUUUUUUGUUUUUUCCUUUUUUUGUUUUUUUUUUUUUUUUCCUUUAUCCUUUCUGGGCAAAAAAGAUAAAAUAAAUAAUGCACAUUUUAGUAAAGUGUUUAUUAAAGGGUUUAAAAGAAAGAUACAGUGUGUCACAGCCAAGAAAUGCCCUGUGCAUUUAUUUGGUGAUAACCAAUAAGGCUUAGCUAAGUGGAAAAGCCUGAGAAGUCACUUUGGAACUGAAUUGCCUCAGUUAUAUUUUGCCUAAUAAGGUUCAGAGCUAACGAAGAGGUCACGUGUACACGUUAAGAACGUUUGCAAGUUUCUUCAUAACUGCAACCUGUUUGUGUUUUAGAUGACUUAGAGCACCCAUCGCUUCAUCGUCUCCGAAUGGAAAGCUUCACUAAAUGGUAGAUUUUACUGUUAAAGACCCUACAAUAAGAUUGUUUUAUCUGUACAUUUUUUCAUAUAUUUAACUGUAUAAAAAAAAAAUGUUCAUUUUACACAAUAUUUAAUUAAAGUAUUUCUUGUCUGUGAAUUUCAUUUUUUAGUAAUUUUAUCUGCUUUGAUUAUUAAAAAAAAACCAACCCAAAACCCAAGAGACUAAACCCAAAACAAAAGAAUGCAGCACCAGGGCUCUCAUUUCUAACCACCAGCGCUCGUACUCACAUUUGGAUUCAGAACCAUAAGCCACGAAAUAGGUUUGCCCUGGGAAGAAGCCAGGAUCCUGGGAAGGAAGGCAGCUACCUGCUGCUCCACCACGGUGAAGCGUCCCAGACAGCCUGUAUGUAAAGGUAACGGCAGAGCUGCUUCUUUUUGUUCCAUUUUCAGACGGCAUUGUGAGAUUCUGUCAACAGGAAAAGUUAUUUUAAACGCAGCACAACCCAAAUUUUCCAUGUGGUGCUUUCGCACCGAAAGUCAACCUGCUUGUUUUCACAAUGCUGAUAAGAAAGCAAAUGUUUUUGAUAACCAUAACACUGAAAUAUGUCGUCCCUUGGACUCCAGCAUGUGUAGUGUGCGUAUCAUGUACCUGAGUGUGAUUGAACUGAGGUGGGCAUGAGCCAGAGCUCCUGGGCACAGGGUGUGUGCAUUGGAGGCAGCUCCAGUACCGACCUGAAGCCGAGCAAGUGUCCUGGCACAGGAGGCAGAAGACCAGGCCAUUUCUGCUCCAGCACUACCAGGGGCUGCUGGAAAUGUCGAGAAGGCACCGAGAUAACCGAGCUUGGAAGAUAAAAUACGUACAUGCACGUGUGUAUUCCUCUACAGGAUGGGUAGGGUGCCUUUGGUGCCCCAUGCUUCUGUAGUUCAGUGAUGGAGUGUGAUGAGGAGCUGCAGUGUGCUGUAGCCACAUCCUAGAAAUAAGCAAAGACAGGAUGUUUAACUGUGUUUCCUCCGAUGUUUCCAUCAUUUUCGUAUUUGAUGUUA